AUGUCGACGCUCGAGGAUCUGGAUGAUAUGGAGCGCGAUGGCAAGAAGGAGGAAAACAACGACGACAAGAACAAGAAGAAUGAGGGAAAUGGCGACGCAGAUAUGAAGGAUGCUGAAGACAAGAAGGACGAGGAGAAGGAAGAAGAAAUGAUUGACGCCGAGAUCCUCAACAGCAGCACACGCGACAUCGUGGCCCGGCGGCGACUGCUCGAAAACGACACGCGCAUCAUGCGCAGCGAGUUCCAGCGGCUGACACACGAGAAGCAGUCUAUGCAGGACAAGAUCAAGGACAACGUCGACAAGAUUGAUAACAACCGCCAGUUACCGUAUCUCGUCGGCAAUGUGGUCGAGAUCUUAGAUCUAGACGUGACUGCAGAGGCGGCCGAGGAGGGUGCCAACAUCGAUCUGGAUGCCACGAGGGUCGGCAAGUCAGCAGUCAUCAAGACAUCCACCAGGCAAACCAUCUUCCUCCCACUUAUCGGUCUGGUCGACCACGAGAAGCUGAAGCCCGGUGAUCUUAUUGGUGUCAACAAGGACUCAUAUCUCAUUCUCGACACACUGCCUGCUGAAUAUGACAGCAGAGUCAAGGCGAUGGAGGUCGACGAGAAGCCGACUGAGAAGUACACAGAUGUUGGUGGACUGGACAAGCAGAUCGAGGAAUUGGUGGAAGCCGUCGUCUGGCCGAUGAAGGAGGCCGAGCGCUUCAAGAAGAUCGGCAUCAAGGCGCCGAAAGGCGCCCUCAUGUACGGACCACCCGGCACUGGAAAGACGCUUCUCGCUCGAGCUUGCGCCGCUCAAACCGAAGCCACCUUUCUCAAACUCGCAGGCCCACAACUCGUGCAGAUGUUUAUUGGAGACGGCGCAAAACUUGUGCGUGACUGCUUCGCCCUGGCAAAAGAGAAGGCGCCAUCCAUCAUCUUCAUUGACGAGUUGGAUGCCGUGGGAACGAAGCGAUUCGACAGCGAGAAGAGCGGAGAUCGUGAAGUGCAGAGAACCAUGUUGGAAUUGCUGAACCAGCUGGACGGUUUCGCAUCAGAUGAUCGGAUCAAGGUGCUGGCGGCGACGAACAGAGUGGAUGUGCUCGAUCCUGCGCUUCUGCGAUCUGGUCGUCUCGACAGGAAGAUCGAGUUUCCACUGCCGAAUGAGGAGGCGCGAGCACAGAUUCUGCGAAUCCACAGCAGAAAGAUGACCGUGGACGAGGGGGUCAACUGGCCUGAGUUGUCGCGGAGUACAGAUGAAUUCGGUGGUGCUAUGCUGAAGGCCGUAUGUGUGGAAGCUGGUAUGAUUGCAUUGAGGAGUGGCCAGAGCAAGAUUUCACAUGAGCAUUACGUCGAUGCUAUUGCGGAAGUGCAGGCCAAGAAGAAGGACACGGUCAACUUCUACGCAUAGACGAAGCAUUGCAUGGUCCUCGAGACCGAACCCUACGAUAGAGCAUGUACACUACCUGCAACGAUUACCGUCAGUCGAUCGUUCGAAGACUGAAAUUG